AUGUCCCCCACAUCUACGAAGCGCUCUCGUCGCGCUGCAUUCGACGGAGAUGAAGAAGAUGAAGUUACUAUCGCCCAAGCUAGUUCUAGUCUGAGAAAUGAAUCCCGCCGAAAGAAGAUCCGAACCUCAAAUGCUGGUCCGAGUAGGAAAUCAGCUUGGACGCCUCAUCAAGAAAGUACUUCUAGCUCUGAUGAGGACGAAUCGAUGCAGGAGCCCGAAGAGCAUCCGAGCCCACCAGCUGCAACCCAGUACGAGAUGAUGCGCGAUGCCGGCUUUAGACAUCUUGAGAAUACCGAUUUAGAUGAUCAGCGAGCAACACAACGUCUGAAGAGCCGUCCGCAUAUGCUUGGCGAAAAUCAGGUAGCUCUCAAUGCCAUCAUCGAAAGCAUCACCUGCUUCAACUUCAUGUGCCACACAAGACUGCACGUCGAACUCGGACCUCUGCUUAACUUCAUAGUGGGAGAGAAUGGAAGCGGCAAGAGCGCUAUCCUAACAGCAAUAACUCUAUGCUUAGGCGGUAAAGCUAGCGCGACGAAUCGUGGCGGAAGUCUACGGAGUUUCGUUAAGGAGGGUCAAGAGAAUGCCGUUCUAAUCGUCAAGAUCAAGAACCAAGGUCCCGAUGCGUACAAGCCGGAGCAUUACGGGGAGUCUAUAAUCGUGGAGCGAUAUUUCAGCAAAUCUGGUGCGAGUGGGUUCAAACUGAAAUCCACUACCAAUAGGAUCAUAUCGACCAAGAAAGGCGAUGUAGAUGAUGUCGUUGAGUACUACUGCCUUCAAGUCGAUAACCCUCUUAAUGUACUCUCUCAAGACAAUGCACGCCAAUUCCUUAAUGCUGCUACCCCUGCCGCCAAGUACAAAUACUUCGUCCAGGGUACACAGCUAGAGCAACUUGACCAGGAUUACCAACUUCUUCAAGAAACGCUUGAAGCAAAUGAGACAAGACUUAUAGCGUUUCAGGAUAAUAUCACCUUUCUCAAAGAGAAGAGCGAGAAGGCUGUAAAACUGAGAGACGCACUCACAAAAAGUGCGGAGAUGCGAAGACAAUCCAAGGUUUACUCGAACCAGUUGGCCUGGGCCCAAGUCAUGGAACAGGAGGCCAUUCUACAGCAGAAGGAGACCGCUAUACUAGCAUCCCAAGAAGAGAUUAGUCGCAUGGAGGCGACGAUUGCCGAGAAGACAGGGAUCCUUGAAAAUAUCGACGACAAAGUCCGAGAAGCUAAUGAAACCUUGGAUGUACUUCGCCAGGAAGAAGGCCAAUUUAAGGAGAAAGAAGAAGAAGCGAGGGCAAACUACGAACGUGCAAGACAAUCGAUCGAGACAACCCAUACGCAAGAGAGGGACAUCCAUCAGCAACUCAACAAUGCUUCCCAGAAGGUCAAGGAGUACGAGAAGAAGAUUCGUGAAGAAGAGCAGCGUCUAGAGGAGGUAAACGGUGGCGUCCUUGCUGAGAAACAAAAAGAAUUAGAUGACGCAAAACGUGCUGUAGAAGAUAUCAGAGAAUCGCAGAGGACCCAUACAGAACGCAACUCUAGUCUCUUUAGCGAACGUGAUGAGGCCCAGAGGAAAGCACAAGAGUCCGAAGACCUGGUCGGACAAAAGCGACAGGAAGUUUCAGCUGCUGAAUCUCGGAUACGCACUCUAUCCCAAAACCGCAGUGACCCGCUUGCAGGUUUCGAAUCGCAAGUGCCCCAGCUUCUACGGCUUAUCGAGAGCGACAGCGGAUUUUCGCAGAAGCCUAUUGGCCCUAUAGGCACCUAUGUUCAGUUAACCAAGCCCAAGUGGUCGUCAAUUCUCGAGAAGAUAUUCGGAGCAAGCCUUAACGGGUUCGUUGUUGCAACCAAAGCCGACCAAGCUCGGUUAUUUUCACAUAUGGAGAGAUUGAAAGUCCGAAACUGUCCCAUCUUCAUAGGUUCAAGGACUGUGAUUAAUAACUUAAGGGAGCCUGAUAGGAACUUUGAUACAAUAUUGAGAGUAUUGAAAAUCGACGACCCGCGCGUGAGAGAUCAACUAGUUAUCAACCACCACAUUGAGCAAACCAUCUUGGUCGAACAACGAGAAGAAGCAGAGCGCGUCAUGUUUGACAGACAACCGCCGGAGAAUGUCGCAGCGUGUUUAUCCUUUCACGACAAGAAAAGGGGUCACGGACUGCGACUUACGAGACGCGGUCAGAACAUGUCUACCAGCCCGGUUACGCCUAGCAAUGAUCAAAAACCUCGUAUGAAGACCGAGGAUAUAGAGUCACAGAUCAAUUACUUCAAAGAAUCCCUUGAGCAGCUUAGGACAGAAUAUCGGGAGUUGGAGACGUCCAGAAGGUCCUCUCAGCAAGCGGUCCAGCGUUGUGUCCAGGCUAUUUCUCAGCACAAGAGGCAAGAAACCGGAUUUGAGAAAGACUUGCGUAACGCCCAGGCUCGAGUUACCCACAUCGAAGAAGAGCUCGACAAGUUUGAAGGCGUCGACAACAAACUGCAAGGUUACAGGAAUGACCUCCAAGAAGCUAUGAAUCAGAAGGAUCACUACGGCAACCAGUAUGGUGAGCUAGCCAUGCAGAAGCGGGAGAUGAAUAAGGAGGUAGAGGGUAUGAAAGAAGAAUUCAGCAAGGUUAAAUUAGCCUCUCGGGAUCACAAAGCCAGGAUCACCAAGGCUGAAGAUAAGGUUAGGAGGUUUGAGGAGACUCGGCGCGUAGCCCUGGUCGAGAAGAAUCAAGCUUACGAAAAUCUUGAUGUGGCGAAGGAGGGCAAAGCCGACGCAGAAAGGUCCAAGAAAAGACAAGAGGAAUUAGUUGCCGACUAUAUACGACAGGCGAGUGAUGUCGCCGCCGAGCGUGCUUACAUACCUGAAGGGGAAACUGUUCGAAGCAUCGAGCGCAAAUUUGAGACCAUCAAGGAGCAGCUGAGGAAGAUCCGUAGUCAGCUCGGCGCAUCAGACGAGGAAAUUCAGAAUCGCGCCUCACAAGCAAUCCAGGAAUACCGGGAAGCCAAGAGAAACCACAAGAACCUUACUUCGCUUGUGGACGAGCUGAAGAAGGCGCUGAUGGAUCGACUACGGAAAUGGAGGACAUUCCAGCGCCUUAUCUCUGCACAUGCCCGAUGCAACUUCAACUACCUUCUUAGCGAGCGUGGCUUCAGAGGCGAGCUCUUUCUCGAUCACAAGGCCAAAAGGCUUCGGGUUCAAGUCGAGCCGGAUGAAACGAGGAAGAGUAGCGCAGGUCGAAACACGAAAACUCUAUCUGGUGGAGAGAAGUCGUUUUCAUCUAUAUGUCUUCUUCUUGCCAUUUGGGAUGCAAUGGGAUCUCCCUUACGAUGUCUCGACGAGUUUGACGUUUUCAUGGACAAUGUCAAUCGUGCUAUUAGCACAAACAUGCUGAUUACUACUGCUCGUCGCUCCGUCGGCAAACAAUUCAUUCUCAUCACCCCUAAUGCCAUCGAGGGCCGUGCAAAGAUUGACAAGGAUGUCAAAAUUAUCAGGCUGACGGAUCCACGACAACGGCUUCUCGCCGACCAUUAA